UAUGUCCAGGAUUUCCAGGGCAUGUUCUCUUUUGGGGAUCCUACAUGCCCAUCUGGAGAGAAUUGUACAUUUUAAAGCAAAUGUUCAGGAUUUUUGGUUUUUAAUUUUUUGGGUGUGUGCACAGGCAGCUCUGGUUCAUGUUCUGACUCUGGCUUGGCUCUAAAAAAGCUCAGCAACUUUUUGUUUCCAGAUUUUACCUCUUGAAAUAUGGCAACCCCACCAUUGAUCUUUUCUGCUGGGCAUGAUAUAUCUUGGGUCUGUAGAACCUGCUGAGCAUUGGAAUCCAUAGAAGCCCAGGGUAAAACAAGAUUAAAUUCAGUGCAAUAAACAGUAUUUGGUGAUGAAGUCUUACUAGUCUUUUGGUGUCUGGCCUACAAGGAGGGACUGUUGUCUUCAAUUGAGUAUAUAUUUGUUCAACAUUUUUAAAAAAGAGGAGAGGAUGAGGCAGGAGUAAAGGGCUCAAGAUCAUUCACCUUUGCCCUGCCAAAACCUUACAGCCAUUCACGAUUCCCACAUUCAAAACAGGGACAAUACCAUUCAGGAAUGCAAAGCUUCCUUUAGCUUUAAUAUGGAAAUGUUUCUCUUCUCACUAUCCAAAGUCCUGAGAUGUGAAAAUAUCAGAGACUCUUUUGAAAUGGAAAAAGAUAAGGCCGAUUAAUUUAAUUUUUUUAUAGUUAAAAUGGGUUUGUGUGUGUGUGUGUGUGUGUGUUCUAUUACCAUCAAAGUGUAGCUGUUAUGAAAGCAAGUUCCCCCAGGGAGAAUCCAAAGCAGAAGUAGCUAUAUUUCUGAAUACACAGUGCAGAACUGAUCAGUGGACAGUGGACUACAGAGGCAAGAUGUACUCUGCAUUUCGGCUCACCUUCAUAUUCUGCACGAUGGUGCUAUCUGGUGCAACACAGGUGAUCCAUGAGCGGCUUCGGAACAUCACAGCAGGAGAAAAUGUUACUUUGCAAUGUCGGCUGGCCAAAGAGCACGACGUUGUUCAGAUCACCUGGCAGCAGGAGCAGGGGGAACAAGAGACCAACAUGGCUACUUACAGUGAGGCUGGUGGCACUACAAUACUGAGCAAAUUCAAAAGAAAUGUCCACAUGUCCCAAAGCGGACUGAUGGUUUCUGCCAUCACCUUCCAUGCUGUUACACUCAAGGAUGAAGGCUGUUACAAGUGCAUCUUCAAUGUAUUUCCUAUAGGACCCAUUGCAGGCAGGACAUGUCUCGAGGUCUAUGCUCUAACACAACCCAAAGUGACGGUGAGGCAUGUAUUGGAUCCAGGCAAUGCUGAAGAAGAAGUGCUGGAGAUAAGCUGCUCAGCAACAGGGAGACCAGCUCCAAAGAUCACCUGGAAGGUCACCAAACCUCUUAUGAUGGAGCCAAAGCAGUAUGUCACCCAGCAUCUAAACCAGACAGUGACUGUUGUCAGCAAUUUUUCUUAUGUCUUCCUCAAAGAUGUCUGGGACAACACAAUAACCUGUGUUGUUCAUCAUCCAUCUUUAAACACUGAACAAGAGGUGACUUUACCUGGGAUUAUACCUGAGAUUAUACAUGUUCAAAAUGAAGACCUGCUGCCAGGAACUUCUGCCACUAUCGCAAUUUGCAUUUUGGUGGCCAUGUUUUUCCUUGGACUAUUGCUUUUUUUGAUUUUGUACCACUGGAGGAGGCUACACCCAGACAAUGAGAAGCAAGACCUUCUAUGCAUGGUUCUUCCUGUAUGUCCUGGAUCCACGAUGGGUGCAAGAUAUUCCUAUACUCAGGAACAAGUUGUAGUGGAACCAUUUCCCAAAGAAAGCCUUCUGAACAGAUGAAAUAUAUUUUGGAUAAACAACACCAGACUUUUUAGAAUGUGAACUCAGAAUGUUUCUGUGUGAACAGAGAAUUGCCUGCUGGAAUCUUUAUUAAGUUCAUAUAAAAUCUUCAGUAGGAUCUUCAGGAAUUAAGCUACAUUGCCCAAAUAUUAUGAUUAUUUAUUGGAAAAUCUGUUUCUAUAGACUAGAAUAAUAAAAACAGAACAUAUUUAUUUGCUACAUAUUUUAUGCAUUGUGGCCACUGGAAUUUUGAAACUGUGAACUCUGAGGGCCAGUUUGCUGUUGUGACACUUAACAAAUGCAGUAGAAAUUCAAAUGAAAAAUGACUCGGUCCAUCUGAUUAAAGUGAGACAGACAUAACUGGCUUGAAGAUACAGUUCUGAUUCUGUUGCUGGGUUAAGGGAGGUGACAUGUAUGGAAAACACAUAUGAAAAUACUUCAAGACCAUUAAGGGAAAAAGGAAACUCAUUGAACCUUUUUACAUCAUGAGUUUAUAUGUGAGACAGUCACAAUAAAACAGCUCACUAAAUAUUGAGAAAGCUUGGGUAUAUAUGUUAUAUUGGAGAAUCGUAAUAAGACAAGAAAUAGAUGACUCUCAUUCACUCCCACCUUU